CCGCCGCUCGCUCAGGACAGGCACGAGUGUGACGAGAAGUGUAUCACGUCCUACGCCAACUUUGAGAGGGACUGCACGGGCAAGGCCGACAGCCUCGAGCUGGUUUACGAGAUGCGGCUGAAGGCCGCGGCAGCCAGGAAGCAGUGUCAUGAGGGGUACUGCGAGGAGUUCCCGUCUGUGUGGCUCAAAAAGAAGAAGGAUAUGAAAGCCGAGGCAGACAAGCGCUGCGACGAUUAUUGCAAGAAGGAGAAAUUGGUUGAGCGGUGCGAGAACAGGUGGACACUGCAGGUGGACAUGGUCUAUCCCAGCGUCAAGUCGGGCUGCCACAACUCCAGCACGGAGGUGCAGGCGUGCUUCAGCGAGAAGUCGCAGGCCGCUUCUGGCGAGGAGGAGACCUGCCAGAGCAGCGGGAAGGCGGGGGUUGCGGUCGUUGCCGCGACGGCGGCGCGCGGCAGGUGGGGGGAAGGGGCGGCACAGGGCGCGGGCAAGGGCAAGAGGCCCGACACCCAGGGGGAGAGGAUGGAAGGGAUCCAAGGGAAGGGCUUCGCCUUCACCUCGGAGAAGGAGGGGGAGUUGUUGGAGUGGGGGCCCUAG